AUGUGGCUCACUCAUACCAGGCACGACCCACCGAGCAUUGAAGAACUUCAAUUAGAUAUCACAAGGCAGCGUCGUAUCCAGCAAUCAGCCUUGCAACUAGAAGCCCAAUACGAAGCGGAAAGACAAGCGCAUCAACUUUUGCCGGAGCCUCAAAGCAACUCAAGCGUACAGUAUCAAGAGGAUCUUAGAAAAAGCACCCCUGUAAAUAGACCGAAACAGCGUCCAGCCUCUGAAAAAGAACGAAUGCUGGUCCCGCCUUCUGCACCCCCAGCUGAGGCACAGCCGUGGUCUCCCAAAACUAUUCGAAGAGGAUGA